AUGGAUAUUUUACCGGAUGAUCUCUACAGUAUUAGUGGGCAUAAGCAUCUUCGUGAUACUAAACUACCAUAUGAAUCUGACGUUUUGCAUUACAUUAAUAACCUACCAAGUGAAUGGUCCUCUGGAAUGGACGGUAUUCCGUAUGCUAUUGUGAAGGAUUGUGCGAAAAGUCUUGCGUAUCUUCGGACGAUAGUUAUCUCAUCACGUAUGUCUGCAGGUGUCUAUCCUCAAUCAUGGAAGGAAGCUAAGGUUUAUCCAAUUCACAAGUCAGAAGAUAAAUAUGACGACAUGAACUAUCGUCCGAUCUCAAUAAUACCUACAUUUGCCAAUGUAUUUGAAACGAUGUUGUACGACUUGAUACUAUAA